AUGGACCACCGUGCAACUGUCGUGCUGCUGGUGCUGCUCAUGGCACUGGCCUACGUGGCCGGUGACCCCUGUGUGUGCGAUGGAUCUUUUGGCACCUCGCCAUGGGAGAACAAGGUGUCCCAAACCAGGGCAGAGAACGGCAAGCCAUUCAUCGAUGCUAAAGUGUUUCCCCUGCACAACGCCACCGCCAAGUGGGACAUGCGGGGCAUGAAGGCUGCCAUCGCCAAAGGGGCGAAUGUCAACCAGCGGGCGACGGAAGAUGGGCUCACGCCGCUUCAGAUUGCGCUGCUGACCAACUCCCUCGACACUUGGCACCCCUACACCGAGGAGGUCUACCAGGCCGUCAAAAUACUGCUGGACGCCAAAGCGGACCCCAACAUCCCGUACAGCCCAGAAGCGCAUCGUAUGCACGACGUCAGCCCGGCCCCCUUGCACUAUGCGUAA